AUGGCGACGGACAGCAGGACCGAACCGGAGAGUUGCGUCGGCCACAUGACGCCCCAAGAUGAUAUAGGCUCUGAAUUCCUGCAUUUGAUGGAUGCGAACACUACUUGUAUGCUGACAGUUAGGAUGGACAUGGCGGUCUGCUCAUUUGUUUAUGUCUACUCGGGGCGAAAUGGGAAUUGGGCCGAGCCUAGCAAGCGCCGCUGUAGGCGUCAGUUUGCAGAAACAGCUAUAACCGGCGGCUGCAGCGUCAAAAAGGAAAUGCCGAAAAAUGUAGCAUUAUUGGAUAGAGAAUCCCGGGGCGUGGAGAGCUCCACCUUCCACCUCCUUCUAUCGUUGCACGGAGCUCAAGCUCUUGCCCGCAUUGCGCUCCUCCGCCUCCAGCAGCACUGCUCCCUCCUCCAAGUCUCCACCUCCCACCUCCCAACCCUCCUCAGACCCCCGCGGAACCCUCGCCGGAGCCAACCCUCGCCGCCAAAUGCGGCCAGGACCCCCAGCCCCUCCAUAACCCCACCCCCCGCCGAGCCAAUCUUGGCGCGGAAUGCGGCGGCGGCGCCCUGGCGAGGCGAGCUGCUGCUCCUCCUCCCCGCGGCCUGGCCGCUGCCGGCCCUCGCGGCCGAGGCCGACGGCGGCGGCGGGAGCAAGGUGAGCCUCGAGUCCAUCGUGCUGGCCGUCGACGACUUCAACAACCGGAACCCCUUCUUCGUGGCCGGGGUGGUGUUCGUCUGGCUGGUGGUGCUCCCGCUGGCGCAGGAGUACUUCAAGAAGUACAAGGCCGUGGGUGCCCUCGACGCCUUCCGCAAGCUCCGCGACGUGCCGGAGGCGCAGCUGCUGGACGUCAGGCGGGGCAGCAGCGUGCGGUUCAUGGCGCCGCCCAACCUCAGGCUCGUCGAGAAGAGCGCCGUGCAGGUGGAGUUCGACGAGGAGGACGAGAAGCGGUUCCUCGGGGAGGUGCUCGCGAGGUUCCCGGACCCGGCCAUCCCGGUGUGUGUGUGUGGGAACCGAAAUCAAUAAACCUACACACACGGACUAUUAUGGGGCUUUUACUUAAUCUUUCCAACUAACUAACCUCUUCCCCCUGAUUUUCUGGGCUGGAGCCCGCCCUGAUCCCCAACUUCCAACCCAAGCCCCCACGAUAGCCAGUCCAUUGAUCCUGUGAACCCAUUGCUCGGCCGAAAUAUACCACUCCCCCAAAAUUAUUUCCGGGAUAGGCCGUUUUAUGGGACUUGCAUAGGGUCUCGGUCCCGCAAAACGACAAUUAUUUUAGCGAAGAGCUGAUUUGUGGGAUCUACUAGAGAUGCUAUGCUUAGCACUCAAAUUUUGGUACUUUCAUCUGUUUUAAUUUACAAGAACCCCUCACAUGUUGAGUCUAAUUGUGACCAUUUUUUAUCAACAAAUUAUUAAUCAUGCACCGCUAGGAACUUCUUUGUUAUGGCAUAUGAAUGAAAAACUAAACCUUGUGUGACAAAAUUACGAUCAAGGUUAAAAGUGUUGAGUUGUAUAUUUUGUACAUUAUGUAAUGUAGCAUUGUCUCGGUGUACCGAUCCUAGAUUGUAGGAUCUGGGCUCCCUCCCGCAUGACCUGCGUGCCUAACUCUCGGGACUCUCUCUCCCUCUCUAUGUAAACUCUGGUUGUAACAGAAACACUC